UACCCUAUCCAAGGAAACAUAUUACCAUGUAACUCUUUACCAGUAUAUAAAAAAAUGCGAUCCACCACCCUCUCCGCAGCAAUCCACCCUUCGCCAAAGCGCAAACGUGAUCCACCACCCCCGCCUAUUCCCCAUAUAAACACCACCCUGCGCACAGAAACCACACCGCCUCGAGACAGCCCAGAACCAGACAGCCCCAGAAAUGCCGUUGCCGAUCAGCUCCAGAGCAUGAGCUUGAAGAAUAUUCCGUCGAUCCACAUGGGCCCCCUUUCGCCUACCGACGAUAUCAUGCGGAAGAAGCCCAAACUGCAGGACAAAAGCAGGGUGGAUAGCGGGACAUCGCUGGACGAACAUCUCGCAGGGGUAAACAUAGGACUGCAGCAGGAUGGUCAGAAAGACUCCAAAAAUUCGGUCGCUGUGAACACAUUACCAGUCCGUCGUAAGGAGAUACCAGAAACACCUGAGGCAAAGCAACCCCGCACUCUCCUCAACACAGUGCCCGCCUUUGCACAACUCCCAACAUCAUCUUUCCCAACAUCGCUAUCGCAACCGCCUAUCGUCGGAAGUGAUGAUGCAAAGACCAAAGAAAACACACAACCACGCCGUCGUACCAAAUCCGUCUCACCUCCGCCUUCACCGCUCACGUGGCAGGACAGCGAGAUCACGGGACACCUUGCAGACCCAUCCAAAGAUCCUGAUGAUGAUGGGACAGGUCUGAAUGGGAUCGGCUUUCGGCCCACCCCGGCCACAGCUUAUGCGCGAGCUCAGAGAAGAAGGCAGCAGGUGCUGGAUUGGAAAGCCAGAGAAGCGCGGGAAGCUAGAGCUAAGAGAUCCGAAAGGAGGAGGAGAGGUGUCGGAGGUGCUUCAUCAAGGGAAGCGACGGUAGAGAGGGAAACACGUACCGUAGAUACAGCGAUAACAUCUGAUACUUCCCGGAGGACCGUGAAGUUUGCAGUAUAG